CGCGAACCCUCGCCGAACCUGUGUGACGAGACGCCCGCGCACCCCCCGGCUUUGGCGAGAAGCGGGCACUUCUUCCAAUAAACCCGGUUAUUAUCCGCCGAAGUCUAGGGCCGCUCCAUCCCAGGCCUGCUCGGCGGGCAACAGAAACGCGCAUUCUGCCGAUGACAACAGCUUCUUCUUCUCUCGCCCCUCGGAUGCCAGACGCCUGAAUGACUUUGCACCGGCUCGGCUACCGGACGAUCGCAUCGGGCCCGCUUAUCAGGGGCGAGCGAUGAGGGACCCGCCACCGGCGAUAAGAGUGCACGGCGGCGGCACUGGUACGACCUGAGCGCUCGACUUCGGGAGUCUCUCGGCGCGGCUUGCGGGACGUCAUGGCGAGUCGCCUCUGCUGGCCACUGCUGGCCCUGCUGCUGGUAGCGGGGCCCGUGCGAACCAUGGACCUCAAGUCGAUGGGCAUCGACUUGGAGCGCGCGUCAUCCAUUCUGCUGCCCAUGCUGCCGGUCAUCUGCAACGCCAACAAGGAGCAGAAGCAGAACAUCGACUGCGCAGGAUGCGUGGACUCCAUGGUGCAGUACUUCAGGGCGCUCUCCCAUGGCGAGGAGUGGGCCAUACUCAUGACGGACGCCCAGGCCAAGCUGCCAGUGUCGGUGAUGGGGGGCACGUUCAGCUUCCUGGCGUCCUUCGACGACUGCCUGAACGUGCCUACGACCAGGGCCUCGGACAGCGUCGUGCUGCGGGCGCUCAACAUCAGCACGCUUCAUCCGAGCUACUGCUCGUUCAAGAUCAGCGUCGGCCUGCCCGAUAACCACACCGAGCACCAUGCCGACGAGCCGCCAAAGACGGGCCUCCUGGGCAUGAUGGACAAACAGAAAGGUGAUCUCAAGGACGUCGGAGAGCUGAUGGAGGAAUUUCCUGGCUUUCUGGGACUCUGCCUCCCGUCGGCGUGCACUGAGAAAGCAAUCAGGGCCAUCGGAGCUGGAGUUCUCUAUUACGUUUCGCAACUGGGCAUGAAAGCACCGGAUGUGAAGAUGGGCAUUGAAUUAGCAGGAUGCGUGACGAAGGAGAAGCUCAGUACACAUGAGCAGUCGUCUACCUUGCUCGCGGCAUCAAUCAUCAUCGGCAUUCUGCUCGUACUAGUCGUCUUGGGAACACUAGUGGACGCCAUGUUCCUCAUGCUGGUCAACAGGGAGUUCGCCGCAAAGGAAAUAGUCAAGACUCAUUCUUACGAAAUCAAUGCGGAGAACCACUACGUGCAGGUGCUGCGCGCCUUCUCGGCCUACCGCAACUUCCGCAUGCUCAUGAACGGCCGCCGUGGCAGCAAGACGCUCGCGCCCAUGGCAGGCAUCACUUCCAUGAGCUUCAUCUGGAUCAUCAUCGGCAGCACGCUCCUGCUGAGGCCUUUCAACCUAUCGGGUAACCUGAAGUCGUUGAGAGAGGUCCUGAAUGAUCCCCCUAUUCAGUUCGCCAUCAACAACUCAUUGGCAAUUGACGCCAUCGCUACAGUCAUUGCUAUUUCCAUAUCGUACAACAUAGUGCGAGCUGUACGCCGCUGUGGAAGCCAAGAAGACUGUAGCGCCGCGAGGUACUUCCGAUGCGCCUUCGCAGCCACCAAGUACUUCUUUGUCGGGCUGCUGCCAGUGUAUAUGUUACUAUUACUAGUGAUCAAUGCCAAGUUCCCAACCCUGGGCAGCGGGCCGACGUGGGAGAUCGAAAGCAAAAAGUACUUGUCGCAGUGUCACAGGAGCUGGCAGUGGAACGUGCUCUUCAUCAACAACUUCUUCCCCACAAAAGAUCAGUGCAUGCCGCACACAUGGUUCCUGGCCUUUGUCUUUCAAGCUUUAAUCUUCAGCAUCGCAAUGGGAUUCCUCCUGAUAAGGUUGCCCAAGUUCGCGAUGGCUGCACUGGGAGUAUGCACUUUUGCCUGCUCGGUCACGACCUUUGCGAUAAACAACGCCAACGACCUGGGACCGACGGCUUUGCUCCGAGAGUACAGACCCGGUUCUCGCCAAGCCUACCACGACUCUAUUGAAAUAAACUUCUACACGCGGGGCGGACCAUUCUGCAUCGGACUGAUCGUUGGAUACCUCCUCGCCAUCAAGCCGAAGCUGGGGCUUAACAAGUGGGCUGCGUUCGCCGGCUGGAUACUGUCUCUGGUGACCGUGGUGGCCAUCACCAACAUUCCCUGGUUCUGGAACAAGGAAGGCCGUCACAUGAGACCGGGCGGCACCGAGUACGCCAUCUACGACGCCUUCCACCGAGUACUCUUCUCCAUCGCCGUCGCCUACAUCGCGCUGGUCAGCGCCUGGGGCAGCGGAGGAGUCAUCAGGGUGUUCCUCACAUGGCCUGGCUGGCUUCCCAUCAGCCGGCUGUGCUUCGUCAUCUACAUUCUGCAUCCUUUCUUGAUCUUCUACUUCAACGGAACGACGCGUGGUGUGAUCUUCUACACAGUCAAGCUUGCGAUGCAAGAACUCCUUUGGAACGUAAUGGCGUGCAUCAUAGUGAGCGCACCGGUGCACCUCCUUCUCGAGGCACCGUUCAUUCGCCUCGGAGAGCAGUGCUCUCAGAAAGAAGACGAAGAUUCGGUGUGCGAUUCUAUGGACUCUAUGGACAUCGCUCUGCAGGAGAAGAACGCCGCCUCCAAGUACAGCUGAUGAUGCCGCGAGAGAUCGAAGUUGGUGUGAUUGUGCAGUGUGUGCGUGUGUGCGCCGGGCCAUUGUUGCCUUCAGUCGGGAGUGAAAUACUCAGAUGUUAUCGUUCGACGCAUUCCCGUUUCCUGGCAGCGAGAAAAAGAUGAACCGGGAAGGGAGUGACUCGCACCAGUAUGAAUCGAUAAUAAACCAAGACCCGCGCUAUUUUCUCUUUUACUGCAGGCUCCUGAUAUAAAAGGACCAAUCAGCGGUAUUCAGUUGUUGUUUUCCCUAAGCGCUUGCUCAGUAAAAGUUCUCGGUUUCAA